AUGUCAGCUGUCGUACGAAGUAUAUUAAGUUUAGCUUCAGUAGCAACUGUACAUCGUUAUAGUUCAUAUGCAUAUUUCUCAUUGUCAACUCCUUAUUGUUCAGCAAAAAAAUCGAUAUCAGAUGAAGUAGUAAAAGCACAAACAGCUAAACCGAUAGAAGACACAAUAUUUGGAAAAAUUGCGAGAAAAGAAAUUAAAGUUGAUUUACUUCAUGACGAUGAUCAGUGUGUAGCAUUUCAUGAUAUAAAUAAACAAGCACCGACACAUUUUUUAGUCGUCCCAAAAGAACCUAUUCCACAAUUAUCAGCUUGUACGUCAUCACAUGAAAAACUCCUUGGUCAUUUGUUAAUUGUUGCUGCACAAGUUGCUAAAAAACAAGGUCUAGCUGAUGAUGGUUAUCGUUUAGUCAUUAAUAAUGGGCGAAAUGCAUGUCAAAGUGUUUAUCAUCUUCAUAUUCAUGUACUUGGUGGCAGACAACUCGACUGGCCACCUGAUCUUGAAAUGUCAGAUGAACAGAAAACUGAAUGGUCAAAUGUAAAAUCAUUACAUAAUGAUCGUUUUAUUGAAUCAAAAAAGGAAAAAAUGGAUAUUAAUAGUUUGCAUCCUGAACAAUGUAAACGUUUACAAAUGCUUGGCUUAAUAACUCUAAAUACAAAUGGAGAACAACAAGAAGCAACCGAUGAAGAAAUAGAUGCUAUUUUACAAAAAACAAUACAAAAUGAAGAUCCAAAUAUUCUAGCUGAUAAAUAUAUGAUGCGACAUGGAUUAUAUGACUUACUUAAAGCAUUGACAACAAAAAUUGUACUUAAUCGACCAGCUGAUCCAAUUGAUUUUAUUAUUAACGAUCUGGAAAAACAAGUUAGCGAUAAAGCAAAUAUUUGA